AUGUGCGGUACCAACAACGCUACAGCCGAUCCCACAACGGCGGCUCACACCAUCUCGGCAUCAACGCCCUACCAGCGUGUAGAUGAUUUCCUCUCCAAUGUGGGUAGCUAUAAGAUUAUCGAAAGCACGCUAAGAGAAGGCGAGCAAUUCUCAAAUUCUUUCUAUACGACAGAGAUGAAGUGCAAGAUCGCAACGAUGCUCAGUGAUUUCGGUGUCGACUAUAUCGAGCUUACCAGCCCGGUAUCGUCUCCUCAGUCGUACGAGGACUGCAAGACCAUCUGCAAGCUUGGCCUGAAGUCCAAGAUCCUCACACACGUGCGAUGCAAUAUGGAGGAUGCCAAGAAGGCCGUAGAGUGCGGUGUCGACGGUGUCGAUCUUGUCAUCGGAACCUCCAGCUUCCUGCGUGAGUACAGCCACGGAAAGAGCAUGGAAAUGAUUCGGAAGACUGCUCUCGAAGUCAUUGAAUACGUCAAGAGCAAGGGAGUCGAAGUGCGCUUCUCCUCCGAAGACUCGUUCCGUUCCGACCUUGUCGACCUCCUCACUCUCUACAAGGCUGUCGAUAAGGCGGGUGUCAACCGAGUUGGUGUCGCCGACACUGUUGGAGGAGCUACGCCACGAAUGGUCUAUGAUCUGAUCCGAACGCUAAGAGGUGAGGUAGAAACGCACUUCCAUGACGACACCGGCUGCGCAGUCGCAAAUGCGCUGACGGCAAUAGAGGCUGGCGCGACGCACGUGGAUACCUCUGUCCUGGGCAUUGGAGAGAGAAACGGUAUUACCCCCCUCGGCGCCCUGAUGGCUCGCAUGGUUGUGACGUCUCCCGAAUACACCAAGUCCAAGUACAACCUCAAGAUGCUCAAGGACAUUGAGGAAUAUGUCGCUUCUUGCGUGCAAGUGAACAUUCCCUUCAACAACCCUAUUACCGGUUUCUGUGCAUUCACACACAAGGCUGGAAUCCACGCCAAGGCCAUUCUGGCAAACCCUUCGACAUACGAGAUCAUUGACCCCAGUCUUUUUGGAUUAACUCGAUACGUCUCGAUCACCUCAAGAAUUACGGGCUGGAAUGCCGUCAAGUCUCGAGUCCAGCAGCUCGGAUACUCACUAACAGAUGAUCAAAUCAAGGAAGUAACUGCCAAGAUUAAGCAGAUGGGCGAUAUUCGUCCACUGGCGGUUGAUGACGCAGACAGUAUUAUUCACUCGUAUAAUUUGAGUCUGCAGCAGGCGACGGUGGCUUGA